UGAUAUUGUCUUUCUGCUUCAUUUUAGCGACUCUGGCUAGUGUGAGUGGCAUCAUUUUGUGAUUAUAAUUUGCAUUUACCCAGUUAUAAAUUAGGUAGGGCAUCUUUUCCUGAUUAUUGGUCUUUUGAUAAAGUGUCUUGAUGUAUAAUUUGAAGUGUAGGCUUCCUCCUUGCUGUGCUUUUAGCAUAUUAUGCUGAUAUUCUCCAGUUCUUGUGAACUUGUUGGUAUAAGUGGAGCCUCAUUCCUUUGUGUGGCUUCCCACUCUUAGGAUAGUGUCUAACCAGUAGGUUCACCGAAGCGCAGAAGAGAAAGCUCAAAGCCCCAUUAAGAACAAGUUGAAGCCAGAAUGGAAAGCCAAGCCUGCCUGUGCUGGGGCUGUGUCAGGUCUGCUCUGCAGUGUGUGAGUGAGGCUUGUUCACUCUUCCUUCUCCGUUAUGCCAGAACCUUUCCAGAUGGAAUGUGCAGGUAAACCAAUGAGUGCAGCCGUUCUGAACAAUGGGCAUUCUGACACCGUCCCUGUAGGGGGCGCCUCUGAGGCCUAGAAGUGGCCUGAGUGGCCUUCAGAGUAUGAGAAGGCUCUGCCCCAUUGACUCCACAGCCACAUCUUAUGGUGAGGAGCCUUGCACACAAUGCUAUUUAUCUUUUCACCAGACUGCACUUGCUGUUUCCAAGUAAUGAACCAAAAGGAUCAUGUCUGAAGUACAAGGAACGGUUGAGUUUUCUGUAGAGCUGCAUAAAUUUUAUAAUGUGGAUCUCUUUCAGAGAGGGUAUUACCAGAUCCGAGUGACCUUGAAGGUAUCCUCAAGGAUCCCCCACAGACUGAGUGCCUCCAUCGUUGGGCAGACAGAGAGCAGCAGCCUGCAUUCAGCCUGUGUCCACGAGAACACGGUGCACAGCCGGGUCUUUCAGAUCUUGUACAGGAAUGAAGAAGUGCCCAUAAAUGAUGCCAUGAUCUUCCGAGCUCACCUUCUCUUAGACGGUGAAAGGGUAAGUCACAUAUCCAGCACCAGCCACAAGUGGCCGUUCCCUUCCCUUGCUUGCCUCUUCAACAAGUACUCGCUCCUUUCCUUUGGAGAAGGGGCCCAGGAGGCCGAUGAGCUAAUGCUGGGAAGCAGGUCCUCCCAUCCCAUCAUGGUUCAAAAUCCCUCGCGGGAUGUUCUUCUUUGCCCCGUUCCUGAAUCUGUCUAUUGGUUAUGGGAAUUUUCACAAUGUGGGAAGUUGUACCAGAGGGAACUGGAAGCAAGGAUGGGCUUCUUCAGAGGUGUCAGGGACCCACCUGUGUCUGGACAGUGCAUGCCUAGUGCUUGCCUGUGGAAAAGCUAUAGUAUACACACUUGUUGGAUGACAGCAGGGACAGCUGACUGUCACUCACAUGAGCUCAUCCACUUGCCUUCCAGGCUGAGGGACGUGGCUGGGGCCCCAAUGAUCAGCAGCCGCACACUUGGCCUGCACUUCCACCCCCGGAGAGGCCUGCACCACCAGGUCCCAGUCAUGUUCGACUACUUCCACCUGUCGGUGAUCUCGGUGACCAUCCACGCUGCCCUGGUGGCUCUGCAGCAGCCCCUGAUCAGCUUUACUCGCCCAGGAAGGGGCUCCUGGCUUGGCAAAGGUGGACCAGACACUGGACCAGAGCCGUCUAUCAUUUCUCUGGAAAACCUGGUGUUCGGGGCUGGAUACUGCAAGCCGGCCUCCUCCGAGGGGAGCUUCUACGUGCCCUCCGAGAACUGCAUGCAGCAUGCACACAAGUGGCACCGGGACCUGUGCCUCCUGCUCCUACACGCCUACCGGGGACUCCGCCUCUACUUUCUGGCCAUCAUGAGGGACAUCCCAGAGCUGCCUCACAUGGAGCUGGAGGCCCUUGCUGUGGAAGAAACACUCUCCCAGUUGUGCUCAGAGCUGCAGAUGCUGAACAAUCCGGAGAAGAUAGCAGAGCAGAUAAGCAAGGACCUUGCCUGGCUUGCCUCCCACCUGAUGGCUCUGUGGACCCAGUUCCUGGACACGGUGACUCUGCACUCCCAAGUGACCACUUACCUCACCCAGGAGCACCAUACCUUGAGGGUGAGUUGUCAGACGGCACAAAUGCGUGCACUCAUUGGUAAACUCACCUUCCUCCUCUGUGUUGCUGCAAGUGCUGAAGAGGGAAGCGCUGGGGGCCAGUGCGAGGGGAACCCUGCCACAGCUUUAAAACACUCAAGUCUCCCACAGAUGCUCACCCACUGUGUCCGUAUGCUCCCCAGGAUACAGACCCAUAGCCAGCUGUCCCUGGAUGUCCGAAACUCUGAGUACCUCUCCAGCAUGCCCCCGCUGCCUGCAGAGUGCCUGGACAUCGAUGGAGACUGGAACACCCUGCCCGUGAUCUUUGAGGACAGAUACGUGGACUGCCCUGCCACAGGACCUAAUGUGAGUGUCUAUCCUAAUUUUGAUGUUCCAGUGACUAGUCCUGCAAUAACAAGUCUAAAAGAGAAAGAAGAGAGCCGUAUUGUAAAUAGCAACUCAUCUUUUAGGGAUGACCUUGUCCUGGCUACCAUGAAACCAAUCCAAAUGAACUCCAAUGAAGAGGGUACUCGGUGUCCAGAGCCAGGAGACAGUGUGACCACACAAAACAAAAUGGACACGUGCUGUGAGUCUCAGAUGUAUCUGACCAUUGGUGAAUUCCAAAACAAAUCAAAUGUGUCUGAAGAUGAAUUUUUGACUGGGCAAAGGGCUGAUGUUUGUGCCUAUGCACUGGCAGAUGUGGAUACGCCCAGGAGGAGCUCAGGCCCAGAGGAUGGACAAGCCCCAGCACUGACCUACAUUGACGUGAAAUCCAGCAAUAAGAACCCCCACAGAGCUGAGCCCAUAGUGGUCAUUAGUGCUGAGUGUGAGAAUCAAAGUGCUGGAGACAACAUUAGAUUAGACAGAGCUGUGCCAAGCAAAGUAGUAGCCAGUGGAAGUCACCAGAAUGCCAUCUCUUCGGACAAAGUGACUCUCCAUGAAAUGAGUGUUGGAAAGGGAGCAGACCAGGAGGGUAGGAUGGUGCUCCUUGGUCUGAAACUCCUCCCCUCGGAGCCCUGGGAGUCCCUCGGCUCUGCACUGAGGGAGCCCUUCGAUGUUAGGUCUUCCUCAAAGGACCCGCACACAGAAGAGCAGGAGGCCCUGUCAGUGCUGUCUGGAGUCAUCAAGAGGUCUUCGUCCAUCAUUUCUGAUUCAGGCAUUGAGAGCGAGCCGAGCUCUGUGGCCUGGUCUGAGGCCCGAAGCAGGGCCCUGGAGUCACCCAGUGACCGGGAGGUCUUGCACCAGCUGGUUCGAAGACACGCCCUCCACCGGAACUCCUUGGAGGGGGGGCACACAGAAAGCAAUACGAGUUUGCCGAGUGGUAUCCAGGCUUCUCUCACCUCCAUUAGCUCCUUGCCUUUUGAGGAGGAAGAGCGGGAGUUGGCACUCACCAAGUUAACCAAGUCUGUCUCUGCACCCCAGAUCAGCAGCCCAGAAGAGACUGCUGAAGACGGAGACAGCAAGCAGCAAGGUGCGGCUUUUGCGGAAGCUUUGGCUAUGCACAGUAAGAACAAGGAGUCCCUUGAACACGGCUCUCAACCUUGUGGUGGCUCCAGAAUCCAGGGUUCUGGGGGAGAGUGUUCCCUUGUGGAAAUUAUCUUAGACACUGACAACCAGCAGGGCCCUGGCUACAUGGACAUCCCCAAAGGAAAAGGGAGUCAUUUUGAUCCUCAAGGACAUUGUCAUCUUGAUGGCAGGACUGAGAACACAGCGGGUGUUGAAACCAAAGGUUUUACUUCAAAAAUCCCACGCAUUACAGCACUUGAAAAUUCUAGGACCAGAUCUUUCCAUAAAACACUAAUGGAAACCCCAAAGGGCAUGCCCAGUGACUUGACUGUGGGCAAAGGAACUCUUUCCAACAGCUGCAUCUCAGAGGCUGGGGGCAUCUCUCACCCUAAGGUGCCUGCACUCAGCUGUCUAUCAGCUGCUGAUGCCAUCGACCUGAAUUCAGCAGGCGAGUGCGGCAGUUCACCUUGCGUGGUUGAUGACAAAGCAGUGAAGAGAGGAGCCACUGCCUUCCUGGAGGCUGAACGUGAAGCAGGCACUGUGUGCCCCACUGUGACUCACCCCGUACCCACCCAGGUUUUGAGAAGCCAAGAGCCAAAAGCGGGCAGUUCUGUAGCCCAGCUGGCCUAUGCAGAGUCCUUUACCUUGGAGAGCCUGAAGGCUGUGGAGGUCGUCAAUCUGUCUGUGUCUUGCACUGCCACCUGUCUCCCUUUCUCCUCUGUGCCCAAGGAGACCCCUGCCAGGGUUGGUUUCUCUUCCAAACAGACUCCGUUCCCCAUCACCCAUCAACCUUUGGGUUCCUUUGGAGUAGUUUCUACCCAUUCCAGCAAGCUGGAGGAAGAAGUCAGUGAAAGGAUGUUUAGUUUUUAUCAGGCCAAAGAAAAGUUUAAGAAAGAACUGAAGAUUGAAGAAUUCCUGUACAGUGACUUAUCAGUACUAGCUUCUGAUAGACCGUAUUUCCCACCAGAGGAAGAGGAAGAAAAUUUGGAAGAUGGGAUCCACUUGGUUGUCUGUGUCCAUGGCCUGGAUGGGAACAGUGCAGACCUCCGGCUGGUAAAGACGUUCAUCGAACUGGGCCUCCCUGGAGGAAAGCUGGACUUCCUAAUGUCUGAGAAGAAUCAGAUGGACACAUUUGCAGAUUUUGAUACCAUGACAGAUCGGCUACUGGAUGAAAUCAUUCAACACAUUCAGUUGUACAACCUCUCCAUAUCCAGGAUCAGCUUCAUCGGCCAUUCUCUUGGCAACAUCAUCAUCCGCUCCGUCCUCACUCGGCCCAGGUUCCGGUAUUACCUCAACAAGCUGCACACGUUCCUGUCACUGUCUGGCCCUCACCUGGGGACCCUGUACAACAACAGUGCCCUGGUCAGCACAGGCUUGUGGCUCAUGCAGAAAUUGAAGAAAUCUGGGUCCCUUCUGCAGCUGACCUUCAGGGAUAAUGCUGACUUGCGCAAAUGUUUCCUCUACCAACUAAGCCAAAAAACAGGGCUGCAGUACUUUAAAAACGUCGUGCUGGUCGCGUCUCCCCAAGACCGCUAUGUGCCAUUCCACUCAGCCAGGAUCGAAAUGUGUAAAACUGCUCUCAAAGACAGACACACAGGGCCGGUUUAUGCAGAAAUGAUCAACAACCUUCUGGGCCCCCUGGUGGAAGCCAAGGACUGCACUCUCAUCAGACACAACGUGUUCCACGCCCUGCCCAAUACUGCCAACACCCUGAUCGGCCGAGCCGCUCACAUCGCUGUGCUGGAUUCUGAACUCUUCCUGGAGAAGUUCUUCCUGGUGGCGGGACUCAACUACUUCAAGUAGUGACUUUGCUGGGGCAGGCCUUGGGUAACUCGCCAGAAACCUGUAAGACCCACUGAGAGCUUUAGCUGAGACUUGCUUUUGUGGACUCUGCAUUCCUGGGUGGAGCUCCAAACGGAUGGGUGGAGGCUGGGGUGGAACUGGACAUGUGAGGUGCUUUUGUUCUGGAGAUUUGCAAAAGCUGAACAAAUAAUGUAAUAGACAACAAACCUUGCUUGAA